AAUGGGACUAGUUCUUAUGCAGAUUCCCUGCAGUUAGAAGCCGAACCCUCGAAGUGUAUGUAUUGUAACAUGGUAAUAUAACCUCUCGCAGAAUGCCAAAACAGUAGCCGUCAUGAACCAUGCUCCUACUACGAACCCUUAUCCCGCGUAAUCUCAUCCCAUAUAUCAAACCAAUCGCCCCGCUUAGAUGCUUCACAACCACCUUCUACCUUACCGAUAAGCCAUUACCGCCCCGGCUGAAAAUCCACGAUGCCGAUCUGACCAUAUCAUAUCUCAAGGGCACUGGCCCUGGAGGUCAGAAGAUUAAUAAAACCAACUCUGCCGUUCAACUCAUUCACAAACCUACCGGUCUCGUGGUGAAGUCACAGGCCACUCGCUCCCGUUCCCAGAAUGAGAAGAUCGCACGACAACUUCUCGCCGAUAAAGUGGAGCAGCUAGAGAAAGGAGACCAGAGCCGCGCAGCGAUCAAAGUUGAUCGUGCUCGGAAGAAGAAGGCUAGUAAGGUGAAGAAGAGCCGGAGAAAGUAUCGCGAAUUGGAGAAGGGCCACGAAGAAGUGCAAGAGCAGGAGGACCAUGAUGGUGAAGGCCAUCGGGAGGUGGUCGGAGAUGAGUCGUCAAAGACAGUCCCAGCGAACCAGACGCAGGACAAAUGAUCAUAGUCUACAGACUUAUAGAUAUCAUUGAUAUGUUAGAUCUUUCUACUCAUCGUGGGUCUACAAUGUGGAAAUCGAUG